AUGGAUUCAACACUCCUCAUCCAUUGGCUGUUCAGCUGUCUGGCCCUCAUCAUCAUGGCCGUGAGGCUCUGGGGGAGGAAACACGUCCGCCAGGCCUUCAACACGGGCGACUACCUCACCAUGGGCGCAUGCGCCUGCGCCCUUAUUCGCCUCGGCAUGAUCCACGUCGUCCUGACCUGGGGCACGAACAACAUGACGGCCGCCCAGCGCCAGGACCAUCACUUUACCCCCCGCGAGAUCUAUCAGCGGGAGAUCGGCAGCAAGCUAUCCAUCGCCAAUCGCGUCUUCUACAACUCUUACCUUUGGUUGCAGAAGCUUGUGCUGCUGGAUCUCUAUCGACGGCUCAUUCGCGACUUGCCGUAUGAGAAGUGGCUGAUCCGGGUCUAUCUCUUCGUCUUCUUUGCCACGUACACGAAUGUCCAGGUCUUUACUUUUAGCGAGUGCCAUCCUUUCCACCUCUACUGGCAGGUUCUUCCAGACCCUGGUCCAUGUGCGCAGGCUCAGAUGCAGCUCAUUGUGCUCGGCGUCCUCAACAUCCUUACCGACUUUAUGCUACUCAUCAUGCCGUUACCCGUCAUCUUCAAGCUCAAAGCACCCCUGGGUCGGAAAGCCCAGCUGGUAGCCCUCUUCACACUCGGUAUCUUUAUCAUCGCCAUCACCAUCAUCCGCCUACCAAUCAACUCCUCGCACCCUUACAGCCAAGUGAACCGGACAACCUGGGCAAGCACCGAGCUGCUGACGGCCGCCAUCGUCGUCAACGCGCCGACGCUCUACUCGUUUUGGAACAAGAGUCGGCGGGACAGGUCGACGCCUCGGGAGCAGGAGCAGGGCCAUUCGGACAAGGCGAAAGCUGGCAUCGUUCUGGAAACGAUAGGCGGCAGCACUUUGUCGGGCACUGGGGUAGGGAAGCGGAAGCCGAGUGGAGGGAUACUGCAGACGAAGGAGGUCAUUGUGUCUGAAUACAGGCAUAGCGGUGAGUAUAUCAAACUGGCCGAUGAGAGAGAUCAUGUAUCACAGAAUUCGAGUGGAUAG